UGAGAGCGAGUAAGAGAAAACCAAAGAAGUUACCUAUGUUAAGGACGUUGGUACACGCGCCCACUUUGUGCUGUCUCUCCGGUCCUUCUCCCUCCAAUUCCGCUUCCUCCAACCUUUCACGCCCUCCCAUGGCCACUUCUGCUCGAAUCGCAGUCAUCGGAGACAUCCAUAAUGAUUGGAAUCUACAAGAAGAUACAAAGGCACUUCAAUUUCUUCAGCCAGAUCUGGUGCUGUUUACAGGCAGGUGAUUUUGGUGAGGAGAAUGUUGAACUCGUCCAAAGUGCUGCCAGUCUUGAAUUUGCUAAAGCAGCUAUUUUGGGAAAUCAUGAUGCCUGGUAUACUCAACAGUUUUCUGGAAAGAGGAAGGAUGGAGUUCAACUUCAGCUUGAGUGUCUUGGUGAGGAGCAUGUAGCUUAUCAACAUUUAGACUUUCCCUUGAUAAAAGUAAGCAUUGUUGGUGGACGGCCAUUUUCCUGUGGAGGGGUGCAAUUGUUUCGAAAAAAGCUUCUAUCUGCAAGAUAUGGUGUCCAAGACAUGGAUGGAAGUGCUAGGAGGAUCUAUAAUGCUGCUUUGGGCACACCGGAGGAUCAUUUUGUCAUAUUGCUUGCACAUAAUGGACCCACAGGGCUUGGUUCUAAUUUGAAUGAUAUUUGUGGAAAGGAUUGGGUUUUCGGGGGUGGUGACCAUGGUGAUCCAGAUCUAGAACAGGCAAUAUCCCUCCUAAAAGAGACUGGCAAAUCAUGCGUCCCACUGGUCGUGUUUGGUCACAUGCAUAAGGAGCUGGCAUAUAGAAAGGGUCUCCGGAAAAUGAUUGUGGUUGGGGAUGACAACACUAUAUACCUGAAUGGGGCUAUUGUUCCUAGGGUUAAAAGACUGAAUAAUGAACAAGGAACUGGAAACAGAAGCUUCAUGAAUGAUGAAACCCCUGUAUUGACACCGGAGUCUGAAGGUACAAUGCGAGCCUUCACGUUAGUGGAGAUCUUAGAUGGAAGAGUGGAAAAGAUUACAGAGAGUUGGGUUUCAGUUGUUGGAGAUAACACCACAUUAGCAGAAGAGCAACUGUUAUUUAAAAGGGGCAGUUAGCUUUCUUCAUAUUCGGAUUCCAGUUUCAAUCACUUAUAUAUUAAAAUACUAAGAACAAUAUACAUUGUCCAAAUGACUCCAAUGUAGUCUUUAGGAAAGGCCAAAACUAAAACAAAGUUUCUCUCCAAACUAGUUUGAAGAGAAACUCUACAAACUCCUCAUAUAUCUCUAUAUUAAGUGUGAAUUUUGAUAAUCUAACCGUUAGAUUGCAUGUUCUUA